AUGAGCACGGAGCAUGGACGGAGGCAGCAGUCUGGGGGCCGAAAGGGCCACAGCUCCAGGGACAAGAAGUCCAGAAAGCAAAGUCGGCGCAAAGAGACCUACUCAAUGUACAUCUACAAGGUGCUGAAGCAGGUGCACCCUGACAUCGGCAUCUCUUCCAAGGCCAUGAGCAUCAUGAACUCAUUUGUGAAUGACGUGUUUGAGCGGCUGGCCGGCGAGGCCGCCCGGCUGGCCCAGUACUCAGGCCGAACCACGCUGACCUCCCGGGAAGUCCAAACGGCUGUGCGCCUGCUGCUGCCCGGGGAGCUGGCCAAGCACGCGGUGUCGGAGGGCACCAAAGCCGUCACCAAGUACACCAGAGCCAAGUGA